AACUCAGCUUAACUCAUAUCCGCCCUGCGUUACUAUUUACAGGACAAAUACACCGAAUGCCCAGUGUUCUAUUUAUAGGAUGAUGAUGAUGAUGAUUGUGUGCCCACCAUCAACGCAAGCAUUACCCAACUAACAUUACCCAACUAACAAGAAACCCAAAAUAAAUCUGUUAUUCUGUUAUUCUGUUAUAAUCAACGCACCCCCUGGCCGUGGCCAAUCUGCGUUGUUUCGCUGGGCGAUACGUCUACCAGUAGACUUGUAUCUGCCCUAUGCUAAACCGAUUAGCAUAUCAAGUCCUUUCCACUGAUGAGUAGGCUCGAAUGUCCCGCCCCUCCCUAUAACCCAUAGGGGGAAAUAAGGAGUUUCCAGUUUCAAGUAUUGUAUUGAUUAUGACACCAACUCUUUCUAUUCCUUGGGAAAAAAAUCACUAGACUUGGAUUAUCAGACUACUAUAAAUAAUGAACAUAAUUAAGAUACAAGUUUACAUACACAAUUGUAAAAGCAGUGUCAGAUACUUUAAAGUGAAUUGAAAAAUGUGAAUAAGAUAAAUUGUAAACUAUUUCGCGGCGACACGAAUGCUUCAAUAGUGUCAUAAAUAAAGGCGCAAACAAACAAAUAAUUGAUAUUGAAGUAUGCAUAUUGAAGUAUUUAUCUAUUAGCAAAGUAGUAGAAAGAGUUGGGUGCCUGAUUAUAAAAUUGUUGUAACUUAUCUUGUGUGUUUCGGACAAGUCCCGCUUGUGUUGGCCAUUAGGACACUUCUUGCUUCAAAACGGUCGUUUCUGGAAUGGAAAGAGAAUAAUUGGCCGCACAACUCCGCAAAUGGGCGGCCCGCACAUAUUAGUAUAAUGUUGCAAUGAUUGAAAAUAAUAGAGUAUAAUUGUUAAUCUAUAUGAAUACUGCUACUAGUUCAGGUUUCUCACCCUCCACGAUUCUCUAGAUACUGUUAUAGCGUGUUUGUUGUAAAUUUGUUAAAAAGUGAAGCCUCCAAAACAGUUACGUGAAGUUGUAUCAAAAUUCUACAGAAUGUUGGGGAAGGGGAGGGGAAAUAAACAUACUUCUUCCUACACCUAGCAGUUCGGAUCUUCUGUUCACACUGUCAUUCCAACCUUCUUUCAGUGUGAAACGUUUCUGGAUCUGGAACGGGUGGUAUCUUUUUACGCUACUCUUCUAUCAUGAACAUAGAUAACUACUUUUAAAAAUAAAAGUUUUGUCCUACUACCUAUUUUAUACUUGAAAGAUGUUAAUUGGUCAAAUGUUUCGUUCAGCAAGUCUAUGUCCAUAUUGAUGAUACAACCUUUUAUUAAUGAGUAAUAAUGUUGCUCACAGUUGUGAGGCAAUAUAACAUUCAACUCGUUGAGGGCAAGUUAUGAACCUACAGAAAAUUUUCUUAUUAGGCUGUUACCUCUAAAACUACUAAACACAUAUUGAAACGUGAAAUUGUAUUGUAAUAAUUGAUCCUAAUCUUAACCCUAUCACUGGAACGCGUUUGAAGCAAAUUGAUAUUGCUAAUGAUUUGGUUGGGCAUUAAAAGUUUUUUUGGUUUCGACAAUAGUCACAUACUAUGCCCUACGACAUUGACGAUUCUAUUGUCUAUGGCUCACCUAUUUCGUGCCAACCAGCAGGGACUUGGUCUGGUACCCAAUUCAGUAUAUCCGCUCCACUUAAUAUACCGCACCUCUUUUGAUUUGUGAUAUAUUACGCGGAACAUUACUCUCUUCAUUCGGAUAGCGGCUAUGUAACCCAUUGGAUUAAAAGCCUCCAUCAAACAUGAAGCGAUUAAUCGGAGACUGAAGACUCUAUACCAAAUUUGGCUCAGAGACAGGUAAUCAGUGAGGUCAGUUUUUCUCGUUUGUCAGAGACGAUUGAUACGUAUUAAGACAAACUUUCCACUGCAUCUGCCAGCAAUAAUCGGUGAUCGAUCAACAUUCCGAGUACCCCAAUUUACACAAGAAUGCCAAGGAUCACCGCUCAUGCUUUACAAUACAGUUGGAAAAACUAGAACAACACCUGGCCACAAUGAUGCAUAAAGCACUAAAGCGGACCGGAAGUGUUGGUGAGCCAGCCCCCACCAACAAGAAACCCAAAAUAAAUCUGGUAAGUAUAUCCGAGAAUUUGAGAAAUGGAACUUUCAAUUGGCUUCUUUAGCGGUGUUGAGAUAAUUCCAUAUUCAGAAUCUGUAUGCCAAACUGAGCCGAAAUCCAAAUUUUCAUGAAUUUUGGUGCCCGGGAACCUAUCCAAAAAUCAGUUUCAAGUUUGCAUGGGAGAGAUUUGUCGAAUUACCUACCCCUCGUCGCAUUUUAUACUGGACGGAGCUGUCAAGCAGUUGCCCAGCUGUCAAAAGGUGAUUUCAAAAAAUCUCUUUGUGAUUGAUUUGGAUACCAAAAUAAAGUUCUAAAAACCUGAAAAAAUCAUCUCUUUCGUAUAAAAUCAAAAAAUCAAUACAUUUUUUUUAAUUCAAAAACCCAAUUGGAUUUUAAAAUCAACAAAUUGAUCCCAUACUAACUUUAAAAUAAUCUAUCGAUUCAGAAUCUGUAUGCCAAACUGAGCCGAAAUCCAAAUUUUCAUGAAUUUUGGUGCCCGGGAACCUAUUUAAAAAUCAGUUUCAAGUUUGUAUGGGAGAGAUUUGUCGAAUUACCCCUCGUCGCAUUUAAUACUGGACGGAGCUGUCAAACAGUUGCCCAGCUGUCAAAAGGUGAUUUCAAAAAAUCUCUUAAUGAUUGGUUUUGGAUAUCAAAAUAAAUUUCUAAAAACCUGAAAAAAAAAAUCAGCAUUCUUGGCGAAGGAAAAAAGGAGCAUUCUUGGCGAAACUUCUGAAAUAAUUUAUAACCAACAUUAUGGUAUAAAUCCUGAAAACCCAAGAGAUCAUUUAAGAGAAUUGCAAGAAAAUUUGAUUUUUUUUGAAAAAUUCAUGGAACUCAUUAUAUAAAGAUACAAAUGAAGUAAUACUAGUGAAAUUUAUUGAUUAAAUUACAGUACGGACCCGAUUUUGUCUGUCCCAUGUUGCGACGAACUUUUUGCUCUCAUUAUCUAACGGCCAAACUUUGACAAAUUCAUUUAAGAUCAUCAUCAAACUACUGCUGAAAGGCAGAACAUAGAAGGAUAAAAAGUUUUAAUAACUGUUUAGAUUUUUGAGGGGAGCAAAAAAUGUGUUCCGGAGAGGGGCUGACAAAAUCGGGUCACUUAUGUACCACUAAAUUUUAUUCCCAAGGGUGUUAUUUAUGAAAAAAGAAAUAUGUAUUUCAUAAAUAAAUGUCUGGCAAAUAUUCUGUACAUUAAACAAAAGAUUUGUAGAAAAUAUAAAUUCAGUGGAGGAUUUCAGCAAGAAUGUCCUCAGUCUUAGUAUUUCGAAAGCUUCAACGAUUUCAAAGUAUUCUGUAUUAUGUAUUCAGCAAAAAAAACCCUCCAAAAAUUCUGCCGAAAAAAACUAUGCCCGCGACACCGCUCUCAACGAGUGCUCCGAGUUUUUAGCAAAAAAAAAAGAUUCGGCAGAAGUUCCACUAAUAAUUGAUUCAGGAAUUUCGUCAAUUCUGUCAUUUUGAAACUCAUCCAUAAUGAAUUAAGAAAAUUUUGCGUGUUCAAACAAAUUUCUUAUGAUUGAUAUUCUAUCCAUAGUUUUUCAAAAGCUUUUUUCAUGGAAUUCUCUAAAAAUACAAUGGUAAAAAUCUCCAGGACGUCUCCAAAACUUCCGGCAGACGUUUUUUGCAGAUUAAAAAAAAUGCUUAGAGGAUUCAAAAAGUCGGUACAAGAUAAAUAAAAGCUUCCAGAAUCAUCAAGAAACUCUAGCAAUAAUUUCAGAAAUCUGGCCAUGAUUUAUUGUUUUUUUUUUUGAAGCCCAGUCAUGACUCUAUAAGUUCCGUCCAAAAUUUAAAUUCUAUCCAAAAUUUGAACCAAAAAUUGAUUUUGGGGUUAAGACAGAAAUUACUUCAAGAGUUUGACUAAGAAAUUCAGAAUAGGAUCUGUUGAGAACCACUGAACAAUCUCUCAACUCUCGCCGCUCUGCUUGCUCACCGAUAGCAUUUCAAUAUGCGAUCGGUUGAUGCACAAAAGCAGACAUUAGUUUUAGAAGUUCUGUAACCGUCAUUGUACAUACGUGUCGCGUCAAUGUAAUGUAGUUUUCAUGUCCAAUAAAGUUACAUUUUAAUUUGUUAAUCGUUUACACCUGGAGUUUCAUUACACUACCAUGUGUCUCGGCCACCCCGAACUCCAGGUUGUAACAGUGGCGACGAGUAAUUCGUAACCGUGCGUGCAACUGAGGAAUCGCGACGCGUUCAUUUUCCCGCGGAGGAGAGGAUGGACGACAAAAUGGACUUCGUGUGGAGUGCUCAAGACCAACGCCAGCCUUCAGCGUCAACGGCUGGACAGGACCUGCACCAGUAUCAAGUAGGUCAGUGGCUGCACUCGUCGGUUCUGGGAUCAACACACCGGAACCAACACACUCCACCAUCAAUCCCAUCAUCUCCAUCAUUUCAUCCCGCGGAAAUUCAACCUCAGCAGCACAAUUACCAUCACUAUCAACCGGCGGCUGGAUUCAAUGGGCCAUUCACCAGUUCGCCAUUGUUCAAUGCACAGCCAGUGGCACAGCAAACACCACCGCCAUCGUCGACUGCCUGCUUCCCCCUUGAUCGAGAGCAGUUUAUCGAACAUCAGUUCCAGAAGAUGCACCAGUUGCUGCAGCUCCAGUACCAGCAGACAAUGGAAUCAAUCAAUCACCAAUUCCAUUUGUUUUCGCUGUAUUGGAGCACCCGACAACAAUCACACAACCAGCUACAAUCGUCCCCGACCAUCAUACAGCAGCAAGGGACAUCAUAUCAAGCUCCGCAUCCAAACGUCGUCGAUACUACGGCGGCAAUAAACGAACAGCAUCAGCAACAGUCUUCAAUGGAGCAGCUGUUUGUUCCCGCAUCGACGACGGCGACGACGGUUUAUUGUGAUGAUUGUGAUCAACAGAAGCAACAGCAAACAAGAGGAUCGAAGAUAUCUUUUCCCGUACCUACACCAGACGGCAGUGAUGAAAGAGAAAUUGAAUCCGCAUACACACAGCAGAGCCCACACGCACCAGUGGUGCUCAACUCAUUCCAUGUCGGAUCAUUUCGGGAAGCAAUCAAUAUCAAUCAGUAUAUAAUCAGCAUCAAAUCUGCCAUCCGCAAGUUAAAAUUUCUCCAACAUUUUCUGGAUCGCAACGGACACCGGAUGGAUUCAGUGAGCGGACGUGCAUCGGUGUUGAGUGAUGUCUUUAAAUGGAUGAUCAACCAUGGUGGAACCAGGAUCAAGCUCCGAUGAUCGAACAGCAACUCUCGUCAACAUGAUCAUCGACCACGCUAUCUACACUGUCCACCAUCAUCGAUCUUCCCACGUCCGAAGACCGCUGCAAUGGAAACAUCGUCAACGAUUCAGCGGGGGAGAUGUUGAGAACCACUGAACAAUCUCUCAACCCUCGCCGCUCUGCUUGCUCACCGAUAGCAUUUCAAUAUGCGAUCGGUUGAUGCACAAAAGCAGACAUUAGUUUUAGAAGUUCUGUAACCGUCAUUGUACAUACGUGUCGCGUCAAUGUAAUGUAGUUUUCAUGUCCAAUAAAGUUACAUUUUAAUUUGUUAAUCGUUUACACCUGGAGUUUCAUUACACUACCAUGUGUCUCGGCCACCCCGAACUCCAGGUUGUAACAGGAUCUUCUAAGUUUUAACGAGCGUUUAAUGCAGUGGAGCUUAUCUAGCACUUCAAGCUAGAGACUAUUAACAAUGUUUUUACGCAAGUACAAAAUCCCAUAACUCUAAUUUGAAAAUGUUAUUUGCGUUGAGUUCCUUGUCUAAAUGUUUGAUGUAAGUACAUAUGAAAACCCUUAUGAAAACCAUUUCCGCAAAAUCCGCGCCUAAAUUAGCAAAAACGCACGAAGCGCAAAAAACCGCGAAAAACGCAAAAUCCGCGCUGCCUGUAACAGCCCUGUAAAUCUAUGACCUAUAGGUUCCCGGGCAUCAAAAAUCAUGGAAAAAUGGAUUUCAGAUAAGUUUGGAGUGCAGAUUUAAAAACUAAAACUAUCUCAACACCGCUAAAGAAGCUAAUUAUCUUUGAAGUAGUUUCCUCACUUUAUUAAAAGUUUGCAUAUUAUUUUUUUAAGUAUUAUUUUUAGAUCUUUUAUGAAUUAGCCAAAUAAUCAAAUAUUCAAAAUAAAAUCGCAAAAUAAA